GGAUCAUCGCAGAGUAUAUGGUCGUUUUUGGAGAAGACGUCUGGAGGCACGCCGUGGUUUUGUUCACGUGGGGCGACAGGUUUCCAGACGUCUCGGUCGAGCAGCACAUUGAGAGCGAAGGAGAAGCUCUUCGGUGGCUGAUUCAGAAAUGCAGGAACAGGUACCACGUCUUUGACAACGCAGACGAGACCAACCGAGAUCAAGUCCCCGAGCUGCUCCGGAAGAUUGACGAGAUGGUGGCAGAAAACAGUCUGUUCUGUCUCGACCCUCAAGAAGAAGACCUUCUUGAGGCCGACACGCAGCGAGAAGAAGAAAUAAGCCUGGAUGCCGAGCUCGUGCUGCAGCUACUGCAGCAAGAGAUUAUAAAGAGGUUUAUGGGUAUCCAGAGUCGACUGAAGCACUCAGGGAUGGACUUCACUGGAUGUGCAGAGAGCAGAAGUCACCGUAGCAUUUCAGACCCUCCUAGCCUGUCAGCUGAUGAGAAACUCAGGGAAAAGAUGAGGAGAGAAGGAAGCAGAUGGGAGGUAACUUUAAUGGACACGUUUUCGAAGGAUCGGAUUUGCGAAGCAUCGUCCGAUUUCCACGAGAAGGUGAUGGGGUGGCUGCAAAGAUGUGAUGAAUACAGCUCGGUUGGAUAUGGAUCAAGCUCCAGCAUCAGCAGCUGAGAAGAUCCAGAGGCCAGAGGCAAGACAUUAAAAGCAGUUUACAGAAUACAGCACUCCGUUCAAACGUGUUUCUUAGUUUUGAACGUGUUUAAUAAUAUUUCUAACGAAUGAUUUGCGUUAUUGCAUGCUAUCCAAAAACUAUAUGACUAUUAUUUCAUGAAAAUUAAAAGUAACCUAAACUUGAAA